UGUACAACAUGAUACUAGCUAAUAGUAAAUAUUUAAUCGUGCAAUUUUUCAUGGGUCGUUCGUUGCAAAGUGCAGUUUGUAUUUUAAUACUCAUUGACACCGUGUUCGCAAACAUAACGGACAAUCAACUGACACCAGAAGAGAGAUCAUUUGACAAUGACGGUAAUUUCAUCUCGAACAGCAAUGCGAUUGAAAAAUGGAUAGAGAAUCAUUUGUUUUCAUACGAUCCUGAUACAAUAUUAACAACGCCUGAAAUAAUACGUCGAGCCGGAUAUCCAGCUGAGAGUUACACAGUGCAAACUGGAGAUGGAUAUUUGCUGACUAUGCACAGGAUUCCAAAUGACACAGGAUAUCCAGUAUUCCUGCAGCACGGAUUCCUCAGCAGUUCAGCAGAUUGGACCUUCACAGGCAAGGGCAGAGCAUUAGCCUAUCUAUUAUCAGAUGCUGGAUUCGAUGUUUGGUUGGGUAAUUACAGAGGUAACACGUAUUCCCGUUCUCACAUCUACCUAACACCAGAAUUUCACGAAUUCUGGGACUUCUCCUGGCACGAGAUGGGAAUUUACGAUAUGCCUGCUAUGAUACAACAUGUGUACAAUUAUCGAAAACUACCGCUAAUAUACAUUGGCCACUCGGUAGGAACAACAGCACUUUUUGUUAUGGCAGCAAACCGUCCUGACAUGCAUGACAAGAUAAGAUUAGCCAUUUGCUAUGCACCUGUUGCUAUUGUAACACAUUGGAAGAGUCCUGUGCGAUUUUUGGCACCAUUUGCUCGGACCUUCGAGUUCCUGAGUGUAAUUACUGGAUACAAGGAAAUACUCUCCCGAAAUCCUGCUAGCAAUCUAGUCUCCCGAUGGCUCUGUUCUUGGCUGCGCAUUCAACAAGCAGUAUGUGAAACUAUUAUAUUUUCACAAGUUGGACCUGAUUAUAGCGAAUUGGAUUUAGAUAUAAUACCGAACCUCGUGGCGCAUUUCCCGGCUGGGUCAUCAUCGAAAGCUCUACUGCACUACCUGCAAGUUCAUAAUUCUGGCCAAUUCAGAGCCUAUGAUUACGGCAUAAGAAAAAACUUGGAGGUUUAUCACACAAUUCAACCGCCCGUUUAUGACGCAUCACAGAUGAAUGUGCCAAUGUUUUUCUUCUACAGUUUAAAUGACUGGCUCGCACCUCAACAAGACGUCAAAAGCUUCUAUAAUGAAUUGCCGAAUAAAUACGGGAUUGCUGAAAUCAAUUAUAGGAGUUUUUCUCACGAAGACUUCCUUUGGGCGCACGAUGCGAACACAAUUGUGUACGACCAAACAAUCGAAAUCAUUAAGAGCGCAAUCAAUGGCAGCAAAUAUUGAUAAUUAUCAAGGGAUAAA